UAGAGGUUCCAGCGAAUCUGCGGAAGGUUCGAUAAGAUUCUCGCGAAAGCGAAGAGAAUCGCGACGCCACGGGUGCGCCACGCUCGCUGCGUCCUGCUCGGCCUUCAGCUGAACCUCAUCCAAUCUCUUGGGGCCAUGAGCUCCCGCAGCAAAUCACGGCUGGCACCAACGGGGGCACGCUGGCCGUUGCGAGCUCUCGCAGUGGCAGUGGCAGUGGCAGCAGCAGCAGACUCGAAGAGUGUAGCAGCUGCACUUCUCGUCAUCGUCUGGGACAGGCACCCGAGCGACGCUCUGGACAUUUUACGGAGAACUUCGAGGUCUUGAUUGCGUGGAUUUUGAGUAUUUUGCGUGGGAGGGUUUGGAGUGUUGGUGCCCGAGAGGGAGGACAAUGGCCAGCUGCAAGCUGCCAUCGCUGGUGGGUCUGGAUGGACUCAGAUUGUCUCGAGCUGGGUCGAAUUCUUGCUUUGCCUCGCCAUCGUCGAAUGUUUGGAAGCGUAGGGCCAGCAGACGCCCGGAGCAUGCAAGAUUGGCCAUGAGGUGCUCGCUUGAAAGGCCCUCGGAAACGUCUUCUGUACAGACCACUAGCAAUGCUGAAUUUGGGCCCAGCUCUGGUGCCUUAGAAUUCCGUGAACAGGGCAAUGUAGAAGCAAGCUUAAGACGCGAGCAGAAGAAUGCUGCCUCCAGCUCGGGAAACGCGUUCACUUUGUUCAGCGUUGCUCCCAUGCUCAUUGUUCCUGCCAUUGCUGAAGGUGCCGGGUAUUCUCAAGCUAGCUACUACACUUCCCUAGGGCUUUUUGUGAUUUCCGUUCCUGGCGUGUGGUCCUUGGUCAAGCGAUCUACGAAGUCUAAGAUUGUGAAGAAAACUUUUAUUGUCCCUGGACCGGGCGCUGAUAAUGGAAAGAUACCGAGCCAAAUUGCCGGGGAAAUCACAUCUUCCCUGACGAGGAAUAACUUUAAUAUCACGGACAGAGGAGAAGUUGUCACAUUUGAAGGAGUGAUGGUUCCAAGCAGGGGCCAGGCAGCUUUCUUGUCCUUCUGUACGGCAAUCAGUCUUGGCUGUGUUGCCCUUGUUCUUACAAUUACUGCCCCCGACGUCGGCAGUAAUUGGUACUUUUUGACAUUUUUGAGCCCACUCGCAGGUGUGUACUACUGGACCAGGGCAUCUCGCAAGGAGGAGAUCAAAGUCAAAAUGGUAGUAUCAGACGAUGAAACGUCUACAGACGUCAUCCUCCAAGGUGAUGAUGAGCAGAUUGAUCGGUUACGUAGAGAGCUGGAACUUAUGGAGAAAGGCAUGGUGUAUGUCAAGGGACUAUUUGAGAAAUAAAUUUCUCUACAAGAAUCAAAUGUUAGAAGUGCCACGGUAGUUGUAGAAUAGUUUACCCGUAGAUUCCGAAGUGAAGCCAGCAUGAAGCUCCAGGAAGCUUGUGAUUCACAAUUGGAGUGUAUGAAGCCUCUGUUGGAAGAGUAGCGGUUAGUGAAGCUCUUAAGACCUGUCUUAAGUUUUGUCCGAUAUUUCGAAGAUGAGUUUUGUAGGACUGAGGGGAGUUUUCAGCUGGAGAGAUAAGGUCCACCGUGCACAAUGUAUUUUAGUCACUUCAAAUCACGAAACUGUAGAUUUCAUUUUCAAGGACUGCGUAAUAUGUUCACGAGUCAAUCAGUUCAUGCAAGACCGAGAAUCGAACUUCGAGUCUACGAUGGACAACUCGUUUGUACCUUAUGCAGGAACCUUGGCCACUCGAUCUGAAAGGAAGUCUCGAAAUUUUGAAACAUUUCAGUUCGAAGUAAGCGAUGGCAUCCGUAAUUGCUUGUGUUAUACGUUGCUCGAAA